UUCCAACACUCAAACCGAGCGUGUUUAUGCCGGUGCCGCCAAUAGUCUACUGUUUUCCCUGAAUUUGUAUAAUAUUUUAUAAUAAUUAAAAUAUGCCCACUUCCAAACUGCAUGCCAACAUGAGUUAUCGCGAGGUUAUCCCGAAGAACCUCAGUCCGGCGGAGUGGAUUGAGGUAAAGAUAAAUACGGGAACCCAGAGCACUCUGCAGGAUCUGAAGACAUUUGAAACCUCCGGUGGCUACUGCUACAAAAGCAGGACAAACGUACAAACCAGGAACCGAUUCAUAUAUUGGCGCGCCUAUCAGGAUGUGCUGGAACUCGCGGAGGUCAGUUUGGACAUCUCACUGCAGCGGAAUCACCUGCGCCUGCGCUUUACCGACUCCGCCGUCCUGAAUGUUUCACUCACGGAGCAGACCAAUUCCAUCACCCUGCUGGUGGUCACUGUCAGCAGUGUGCAUCGCUAUGUGUUCCCCCUAAAUAUUGCUGGCCAGGAUGGAUCCAGCACUACUUUCCCCGAGGAUCUGCUGUCCCAGUCCAUUUUCUAUGACGUCAGCGACAAGAUCAACGAUCCGAGCACCUUCUAUGUGACAGAUGGCUUCGGAACGAUGCCAAACGUGGCCGUCUCGUAUCUAUCGCAGAACUCGCAGUCAGCAUACUUUGCGGUGGCCUACCAAAGCAAACUGCUGCUCCACAUCAUGAACUGCGUCACCGGUCACACGGUCACCCACGAAGUCAAGGAGCCGCAUCUGAUGCCUCGCUUUCUGUCCAAUCUCAAGGGUGCCCUUACUGGCCGCUCGGAAACGCUGGAGGCAGCCACGUCCAUGGCGUUCAGCGAAAUCGAAGGGGACCUCUUCAUUCUGGUUCUGUACCGCAGUAACGAGCUGCGAUUGUGGUCAGUGGAUAGCCUACAAACGGUGGCCAGCAUUAACUGCUCUGCGGGAUCGGGGCAUGGAGGAUCAGGAGCACAAGGACCUCAAAAUAACCAGCUCCGCAAGAUAAGCGAUCAGAACUUCUGCCUGUUUAUAUCCCACGACAAUCUAGCGGAGUUCAUUUGCGUCAGCAUUAAGCCAGAUGCCGACGAGGCCAGCGGGCUCAAUUUGGUGCAGAACUCGGUGGCGGCGCCACAAAUGAAUCUAGUCGACUUCGAUGCCACAUCCACGCACAUCUGGGCCCUCUGGAGCAACGCUGAAGGAGAUUUCCAUGUCUCUGCUAUUUAUUUAGGUUCGAAUAACUCUAUCAAAUGGGUUUCUGCUGCCCUUGAACCUCCACCGGAUCGCUAUUGCCUCACCAUGGAGCAGGGAGUGGAUCCACGAGAGUCUUACUGCUCCUACAUCUUUCAUCCGGGUCGGUUUGACCGGAAUGUGAUUGCCAAGGCUCUGUAUAUGUUCAGGCGCGUUAACUUGCAAUUCGAUGUGAAGCAGCUGUCCAUGUCAGUGCUGAAGGAGCAGGUGUGCCAGGCCGUCGAGGACGAAAUCCAGAACGAACUGAAAGACUUUGUGGUCACUGACGAGGAGUAUUUGGAGAUUUCAACGCGACUGUGGGAUCGUUUCUACUCGUGCUGCGAACAGUACCACAUUAAGUUUUCGGAGCCCACAGGACUCGCGGUUCUUGGUGGCAUGGAUGCCGUGUGCCUGGUGAGGCGUCAAUCCUUCGCCCUGCUGCGUCCCUGCGAGGUGCUGGAGCACCUGCUGCUGAUCGGGGAGCACAACGACGAGGUGGCUACCUACGUAGCUCCACUGUUCCGCAACGAUCCCGAAAUGGCCAAGGGCUUUGUUGACCUCAUGAAUGUGGUGACCCUCUUGGACAAGCUGAUAUCGGAGGACAUCAAAAUGGACUUGGACAAGCAGCUCUAUCAGCGGGAGUCGCCCAUGGAUGUGAUAGCCAAGCUGGUGGCCAGGAUCACUGUGGGCGAUGAUAAUGGUCCGAUGCUGCCAUCGAGCUGUUUGAAGCAAAUUCACCAGGAGGUCCAGCAAAUACCAAACCUCAAACCCGCCAUUGAAAUGCUGCUCGAUGUGCUGUGCAUGAUUGAUCCAGAUGCCCCGCCGCAUGAUUAUUCCCUUUCGACACGUUUCUUGCAACCAUCUGGAGCUCUAUUGGGCAGCGAAUAUGGACUUUCCAUCUUGUCCGAAACGGUCAAGCAAAUGGCCACAAUACGGUUUUCCGUUUGCCGCAACCUUUUGAUAUUGCAGUACUUGGUUUAUGGUCAGAAAGGAAUGGACAGUGAAAACGUUUUAACAAACAUCAAUUAUCUGAACUCGUAUUAUACUCUGGUCUGGAUUGCCGAGACGCCCAUUUCAUCCAGUACCCCACCAGGAUUUGAGGCCUCUAUGCAGCGGUUGAGCCGGGCGCAACUAUUUAGCGGCUAUACACGUCCAUACUCGAGCCAUUUGCGGAAUAAUGGCAAUGACCAGACCACUCUGCUCAGUCUGUUCCUGCAGUCGAAGGGUUUGUUUAGCGCCCUGUCCAUGCUCCUGAAGACCGACAGCGUGCAGCUGGAGUCGGAGCAAUUGAACCUCCGUCAGAGUUUGCUAGAACUUGUGGGCUACAUCAAUAAGAUGCUGUGGCCCGAGUCUCCCAUAUACGUGUUCCCCGAGUGGUUGUUUGGCACCUGCCAUCACAUCAUUGUGCAGGACUAUGUGCGCAUUUUAUCCAGCUGGUGUUCCGUAAAAUCUCAUGCCAGAUGCUUUAUGCUAGCAGCUUCCUUGUUGGAUUGCGGUGAGGCUCAUAAAGCGGUGCAUCUGUUUCAUGAAACGGCAACCGGCGUAGUGGAUGAUGACUUCCUCUUCGAGCAUGUACUGAAAAACACUCCGCUUUACUGCAAACUGCAGGAGAGCGUCAACCGGGGCGAAACGAUAUCCGCCGAAGAUAGAAAACUAGCCAUUGUUCACUAUUAUCUGAAGGUUAUUCAGCUCUUUGAGCAGCAUUCCGCCCUCGACUACGUCAUUCAACUGGCCGAAAUGGCCAUGAGUGUGCUGCAGCAGGAUGAUCCUCAACUGCCCAUGUUCCAAUCGAUUGUCUUCAAUAAUCAUCUGCAGCUAGGACAUUAUGAGGAGGCUUACUGCGCCUUAGUCUAUAAUGCGGACACCUCGAGGCGAAAGGAUUGCCUUCGUCAGUUGGUCAUUACGCUGUUCCAGAGCAAAUGCCUGUCCCUGCUCAUGCAGUUCCCCUACAUAGGAUUGCAGGACGAGUUUGAAAGCAUUGUGGAGUCGCGGGCACGGUCCAUGAGCAUCGAUCAGAACGAAGUGUACAACUUUUUGUAUGCAUUCCACACGAACAAGGGUAACAUGAGAAAAGCUGCUACGGUUAUGUACGAGCAGGCCAUGCGCUUUCAAGUCGAGAGCGAUGCCCCCAAUGCGCUGGAGAAACGUUGCUCCUCCCUCUUGAUUUGCCUGAAUUCGUUGCACUUAGUAGAUAGUCGCUAUAGGUGGAUUGCCAAGCCAAAAAUUGGCGACGAGAGGGUGGCGUCGUCCAUGGAUCAGAAUAACGACGAUGGUGAACCCAAGGAUGAUGACGAUAAAAACCGUCAGGAGGUGAUUGUCCUAGAGCUGGCCGAUAUACGCAGGGAAUUGGUGCACGCCGAAGCUGUGCAUGAGCUCUCGCACUACUGCAAGGAUGUUGCUGCCUAUGAGCGUUCAUCGCCAGAGGAGUUGUCUUACCUGCUGGCAAGGUGUGGUCUGUACACGGCCGCCCUUAAACUUUCCCGGGGACACUCGUUCUCCGUGCUGCACAUAUUCGAGAGUCUGACGGCGGCUUGCAACGCAGCCACCGAGGACAAGGACGUGGAUGCCUGGAAUUGGCUGCAGAACAACGACAUGGCGGACCUCCCGCAUCGUAGUAAUGCCGCUGACAUGGCCUGGACUUUGCUCCAAAAACUGGUGGAGGACAACGAGGCAAAGGACUCCACUUUGAUACGAAAGAGCGUUGUUCAAAGGCUGCUCGUAUUGAAUGCCUUCGUGCCGCAGUGGCUGAUAAACUCCUAUAAGUUAUCCCAUUCCCGGGAACUUCUCCAGUUGUUCGUCAAGCAUAACCGCCUGCUGGAAGCCGCUGAUCUUGGCUGUGAAAUGAUUGCCGGCAUGCUGGGAGCAGGCAGCGAGUACUUUGAUUUCAAGCACUCGGUCAAUGUAACAAAUCCCCAGCUUUGCUUUCCCAUCAACACAAUCGACCUGCUGCUGUACGCCCUGAAGAUUAAUGGCAAGGAGGAUAUUGAAUAUGAAAUGGCACAUGUUAAACUGGAGGAGGAGGUCAACAGGUACAUUGAGACCAUAAAGCGCACCACCGAGGACAAGAUCAGUAUGGCCAUCCUGCAGAAUCGAGAGGAACGACAGCAGCAACUACUCCAUUAGAUUGUUUUAUUCGUUUUAUUCGGUUUAUAUUUAUAAGUUUCUUGAAUUAAAAGCUAAGAGUGUGCGUAAAUAUGAA